AUGGCGACGCACCAGAGCAACGGCCACGGCGCCGCCGCGGAGAACGGCCACGGCAACGGCAAGAGUAACGGCCAUGUGAAGGUGGCGACGCACCAGAGCAAUGGCAAAAGUAACGGCCACAGCAACGGCCAUGCGGAGGAGGUGGACUGGAAGUUCGCGAGGGCCAAGGACGGCGUGCUGGCGACGACGGGAGCCAAGAAGAGCAUCCGGGCGAUAAGGUACAAGAUCAGCGCGAGCAUUGAGGAGAAUGGGCCGCGGCCGGUGCUCCCUCUGGCGCACGGCGACCCGUCCGUGUUCCCGGCCUUCCGCACCGCCGUCGAGGCCGAGGACGCUGUUGCCGCCGCGCUGCGCACCGGAGAGCUCAACUGCUACCCCGCCGGCGUCGGCCUACCCGCCGCACGAAGUGCUGUGGCGGAGCACUUGUCAAAGGAUGUGCCUUACGAGCUAUCAGCCGAUGACAUCUUCCUGACGGCUGGGGGAACCCAAGCCAUUGAGGUCAUAAUCCCUGUCCUGGCCCAGCCCGGCGCUAACAUCCUGCUUCCUAGACCAGGAUAUCCAAACUACGAGGCUCGUGCAGCGUUCAACAGGUUAGAAGUUCGACAUUUUGAUCUUCUUCCCGAGAAGGGAUGGGAGAUCGAUAUCGACGGGCUGGAGUCUAUCGCCGACAAAAACACGGUUGCUAUGGUCAUUAUAAAUCCGAAUAAUCCGUGUGGGAGUGUUUAUUCCUACGAGCAUUUGGCCAAGGUGGCAGAGGCAGCAAGAAAGCUUGGGAUAUUAGUCAUUGCUGAUGAGGUAUAUGGAAAGUUGGUUCUGGGCAGCGCUCCGUUUAUCCCAAUGGGUGUGUUUGGGCACAUUGCCCCCGUGUUGGCCAUAGGAUCUCUAUCAAAGUCGUGGAUAGUGCCUGGAUGGCGACUUGGUUGGGUAGCUGUAUACGAUCCCAAAAGGAUUUUGCAAGAAACUAAGAUUGCUACCUCGAUUACGAACUACCUUAAUGUGUCAACAGACCCGGCAACUUUCAUUCAGGGGGCUCUUCCACAAAUUCUUGAAAACACGAAAGAAGAUUUCUUCAAGAGGAUUAUUGGUCUGCUUAAGGAAUCGUCAGAAAUAUGUUAUAAAAAUAUAAAGGAAAACAAAUACAUCAGUUGUCCUCACAAGCCAGAAGGAUCCAUGUUUGUUAUGGUGAAACUGAACUUACAUCUUUUGGAGGAGAUCCAUGAUGACAUUGAUUUUUGUUGCAAGCUCGCAAAGGAAGAAUCGGUUAUUCUAUGCCCAGGGAGUGUACUCGGAAUGGAAAAUUGGGUGCGCAUUACAUUUGCCAUUGUUCCAUCUUCUCUUCAAGAUGGUCUCGAAAGGAUCAAAAACUUCUGUCAAAGGAACAAGAAGAAACCGAUUACUGAUUACUGA